AUGUCGCAAAACUACCAGCAAUACAGCGGAAACCCAUAUGGCCAGGCGGAGGCAGGAUACGGCCAGUCCCAGUCCAAUCCAUAUGGAGGCACCGGCUAUGGACAGUCCAACCCCUAUGGCGGAGGACAGUACGACGAGCAACUGAACCCACCGGCUCAGCUACAGCAUGGCGAUUCGAACUACUCUCAGCCGUCGCAAUACUCGCAAACUGCACCCCCAACCCAGCCAAGCACAAACCAACAGAACGUUGCGCAUGCGACUCAGCCCGGCCAGUAUGGGCAGCAACAGCCUGGCGCCAAGCCCUUGACCCAACAAGACUUCCUCUCGCGCAUCGACGGCACCAAGCAGCGAAUCGGCCAGCUUACAUCUGACAUCCAAGCCAUUUCCAACAUCCACCAGCGCAUGCUGUCUUCGCCCGACAACCGGUCAUCCGCCGAACUCGAGAGCAUUGUGUCGCAAACGCAGAUCAGGAACACACAGAUCAAGGAUGAGAUCAAGUUCUUGGAGAAGGAUGCGGCGCGGGAGCCGAACAAUACGUUCAAGAGGACGCAGGUUGAGGCGCUGAAGAGGACUUUCAAGAGCCAGCUCGAGGACUUCCAGAGAGAAGAGGCGGACUACUCCAAGAGGUAUCGCGAGGCCAUUGGCCGGCAAUAUCGCAUCGUCAACCCAGAGGCGACCGAGGCGGAGGUGCAGGAGGCAGCGAACGCUGACUGGGGUGAGGAGGGUAUUUUCACACAAGCGCUCAAGAGCAACCGCAGCGGACAAGCGUCCAGCGUCCUUGGCGCCGUGCGUGCUCGUCACAACGAUAUCCAGCGCAUCGAGAAGACCAUGUCGGAGCUCGCGCUACUCUUCACGCAACUCAACGAGCAGGUCGUGUACCAAGAGGCACAAGUCACACAGGUCGAGAACCAGACGGUGCAAGUCAAUGACGAUUCAAAGCAUGCCAACACACAACUAGACCAAGGUAUCAAGUCUGCCAGGCGCGCAAGGAAGCUCAAGUGGUGGACGCUCUUUGUUGUUGUCUUGAUUCUGGUUAUCGUUGGCUUGGCGCUUGGUUUAUGGUUUGGUGUUGGUGGUGGCAAACCGAAGAAGCAAUAG